AUUACUUUACACAGAACGGUUUUGUUUAAUUGAAUUGCUAUUAAUUUCAUAUUAAUAAUAAAAAGUGUUGUUAAAAAUGAUUCUUUUCACUCGCAUAUUGAGUAUUUUAUCAUUGUUAUUAUAUUUUACAAAUGCAGAGAGUAGAAAGUUCCGAUUCGACUACACAUAUAGAGAAGAUAUCGACGGCUGGAUAAAACUACACCGCACACCGGUCACAUGGAACGAGGCUCGUCUCCGAUGUCACGCUGAAGGUGCAGUCUUGGCAUCACCAUUCACUGAGGCGUUCCGGCGUAUGAUGAUGACACUGGCCACGUUGAACAAUAACACUCAAUUUGGAACAUUCACUGGAGUCCACGCCACACUCCAUAAAGGCGUAUACACUUCAAUCGAAGGUGUGCCACUAUCCAGAAUGCCAAUACGCUGGGCGAUGGACGAGCCUGACAACUAUGAGAACAACGAAGAUUGCCUGCUGUUUAUGCCUGAUGGGACCAUGGCUGACGUCAACUGCAAUAAAACCUUCCCUUUUAUGUGUUACAAGAAAAAAACAGCAAACCUUGUCACUACUGCUUGUGGUUUUUCUGAUGCCAACUACUAUCUGGAACCUCAAACGGGCAGCUGCUAUAAGUUCCACCAUAUCUGCCAGACCUGGCACCGCGCGUACAUGACAUGCGAAUCUGAAGGUGGCCACCUCGCCAUCAUCAACAGCAAAACAGAGGCACAAGUCCUGAAGGAGUUGUACGCGAAAAACCUCAUUAUAUCACCGCCCUGCGAUAACAAAGACAUGGCGAUGCUCGGAUUCUUGGAUUGGAAUCGUGAAAAAUACUGGACUACUAUACAUAGUGAAACUCUAGAAGAUGCUGGAUAUGCAAGUUGGUCUUUGUUCCAACCAGAUUACGUGACCUUGACCCCGCGACCACAAAGUUGCGGAGCGAUGUUCAGGUCAGGGUUAUUGGGCAAUGUACAGUGUGAAGUCGCGUUAUAUCCAUUUAUCUGUGAGAAGACUCCAGACAGUCUAGAAGAAAAAUAAUAAACCAAGAAUAAUUAAAAUGCUAUCAAAAAAAGAAUGUAAAGA